AUGGACAAGACCAAUAAGAGACUGGUGAAGGAUGUGGGCAAGCUAGUCUCCCUUGACUAUGAGAUAGAGAUCAAAGCUGAUAAUAUGUCUGAGUUCACCAUAAUCCUUGAUGGACCUCAGGAUUCACCUUAUGAAGGAGGAAAAUGGAAGCUUCUAGUGACUCUACCAGAGCAGUACCCUUAUAAAUCUCCUUCCAUUGGAUUUUUGAACAAGAUUUUCCAUCCAAAUAUUGAUGAAGCGUCAGGAAGCGUUUGCCUUGAUGUAAUCAACCAGACAUGGUCGCCGAUGUAUGAACUCAGGAACGUAUUUGAGGUGUUCCUUCCACAACUGCUACUCUAUCCAAAUCCUACAGAUCCUUUGAAUGGGGAUGCAGCUAAUUUGAUGAUGACUGAUAAAGACAAGUAUGAAGCAAAGAUUAGAAGCUAUGUCAAGAAAUAUGGUAGCUUAGACAAAGUCGGAGCUAACGAUGAAGCUGAUCAAGAACCUGAAGAAGAAGCUAAAGUUGAAGACAGCGACGGCGACAAUAGUUCUGAUCCUGCCAGUCAGCUGAGCGACACCCCUGGAGUUAAUUCAGACAAGGAGCUUAGUGAUGAAGAUGAUGACAUGGAUGACAGUCAAGAUGAUAGUGAUAAAUAGAUAAUACUUAUCAAACCUUCAUGCCUUUGCUAAAGAGUAAUUGUGUUAA